UUUUAGAUUCAGAAAAACAAACACGAUUCAUUCAUUAGUCACAAACAAACGAACAAUCCCCAAUUCUAAAACGACGCCUUAACUAACCAAAUCUUCUUCUUCUAUAAAGUCGAAUAGAAGAAGAUGGAACCUUCAUUGAACAAGUUAUAAUUAUUAUUAUAGCAUUAUUAUUAUUAUUAUUAUUAUUAUUAUUAUUAUUAUUAUUAUUAUUAUUAUUAUUAGGUACUGGAUUCUGAAUCUUCAUUCAAACUACUUCAAUCACACACACACAACAACACUAACUACUAUACUCAUUCAUUCAAUUCAUCAUCAUGGGUCUAAUAGUGGAAGUUGAAAACGUUGAUCAAGACGACGCCGUUUUGAUUCCUCCAUCCAAUUUCUCAAUGGUUGAAGAUUGCAUUUACCGAUCUAGUCUUCCUCAACCUUCCAGUUUUCCUUUCCUCAGAACCCUUAACCUUCGUUCAAUCAUAUACUUGUGUCCUGAAUCCUAUCCGGAAGAGAAUUUGGAGUUCCUAAACUCACAGAAUAUUCGCUUAUUUCAAUUUGGAAUUGAGGGGAAAACGGAAGUUUCCUUGCCCGUUCUCAAGGAUUCUAUUAUGGAGGCUUUGAAAGUUUUGAUUGAUGUGAGAAAUCACCCUAUUUUGAUUCAUUGCAAACGAGGAAAGCAUAGAACAGGUUCCCUUGUUGGAUGCUUCAGAAAGUUGCAGAAUUGGUGUUUGUCUUCUGUGUUUGAGGAGUAUCAGCGAUUCGCCGGUGUUAAGUCCAGGACAGCGGAUUUAACAUUUAUAGAGAUGUUUGACGUCUUAAGUCUUAGGCAGUGCCUCUACAGCAUCAUCUACCAGUACCAAGGUGCUUCAAAGAAGCGCAGAUUGAUGUACCAAGAUGAGAAUUUACAGAAACCUCGGCUGACAUCAUUUUAACUGCACCGGGUUUCGACUCCAUUAUUUGAUUUAGUAGAAUACACAUACUUCAUAUUUUUAGGAUUUCCAAAGAUUUUUUAAGUGCUGUUAUUAACAUGCAUAUUUGUCUUUUGUUUGGCUUCCAAAUUUAAUUGUUUUAAACAUCAAACAAAUACAUUGGUGCAAUUUGCAAAUAGUACUUCUUUUUACCAACGUUUAUGAGAUUAAUUGUAGGCUUCGUAAGCCACAUAUCUUGA